UGUGUUUCCAAUUACCUUAGAGUUUAGUUCAAAUUUUUCAGUAUGACACAAAGGAUUUGACUGUUGUUCCCCAAGCUCAUUGCUCAUUUCUUUGCUUGUUGAAUUCUGUGUUUGAGCCAUAGGAAACUAGCAGGCGAGCUAAGUCCUCCCUUCUUUCGUGGGCACGAGAAGCAGUCUUUUCUUUGGCCAACUCUGGUUUAUUUCUUCGUGUGUUUCUUCUUUGUAAACUCAGGGUCGUUACACAGUCGGGACUCUGUUUACUUGAUGAAUUUCCCCACCAACAGGUGUGGUUUUGGUUUGUGCUCUCUAUUCUGCCUUGUUUCCCCGAAUGUCUGUAGAAUUUUUUUAAAGAUGCGAGAGUAGUAGGAGGGAGCUAGGGGCGAGUACAGCAUUACCUUACCCAAGUCACGGAUGAAUGAGAUUACAAAACAUCUGGCCCGUUAGGCGUUUCCAAAGAGAGACCCGCGGAGGCCAGUCGGCUGUCUGGAGGGCUAAGCUGUGCCUGAAGUGUGAGGUCUCACUGGACAUUCCUGGGAUCUGUGACUGCUGUUGAUUUACUGUUGUGAGAUGUUGCAGGCUGUGUGGAUGGGUCCAGAAGGAGGCUAAAGAGCUUGUGUCCUGGGUAAAGAUAAGCUAGUGCUAGAGCUCCGGGGUCGAGAAAAGGAAGGCGAGAAGUCCUCUGAAGUGGGUCACCCUUCUCUACCCCUUACAAACGGGACAGACGGUAGCGCUAUUGCCUUGAUUUAACAAUCGCCCUCUGCUCCAAGAGCUCAUGACUGGAAGCAAACAUGAGUGUAAAGGCACCGUGUCCUCUAGGCCUUUGUGCUUUGAGAUGUUUACAUAGGGUCCGGGAGAGGCCAUAGGGUCUCGGAGCUCAUCGCGAAUCCCCGGGGCUGCUUCCCGAGGGCACGGAGACAGCUUGGCAUUCCAGGCACUGCAUGGUAGCCGUACCCACCCUCGCAGCCCCGUCCUCAUUUUCUGAGGCUGUUAAGCGGAGAGUCCCGCGGGCCGGGGAUAGGCGGCACGGUAGGAUGGCCUCUCGGCGCCCUCUGGGCGUCGGCAUUUGUCGCCGGGCAGCUGGGGCGCCCUCGGCUGUCGCCGCGGGCGGAGGAGAGGAGUUUCCGGGGCUCAGGUCCCUGCAGCCACCGCCGAGAAGGAGCGCGGAAGCGAGUGGGCGGCGAGAGGCGGAGCAAGAGAUGUGGGGGGCGUGGACGCGGCCAGCUUUGGAAAGGCCCCAAGUUAAUGAGGCGUGCGCCGGCUGCGGAGCGCCUUUCCGAGCUGGGCUUUCCCCCGCGGUGCGGGCGCCAGGAGCCGCCUUUUCCGCUGGGUGUCACUUGGGGGUGGGGGGGAUGGCCCAUUCAAAAGCGCCGCGAGGGGGCCCGGCCAGUGCCCUUCAGUGAGCGCUCGCAAGAGUACGGCAGAGGCCCGGAGGCUCGCGGCUCCGGGAUCUUGUGGCGCAUCAGGACGCGGCUGCCCGCUUGCCCGGACCCCGAGCCGCCGCUCUGCUUCCUGCGUGUUAGCCUCCUCUGCGCGCUCCGGGCGAGCGGCCGCGGGAGCCGCUGGGGCGAGGACGGCGCGCGGCUGCUGCUGCUGCCCCCGGCCCGGGCGGCUGGAAGUGGAGAGGCCGAACCGAGCGGCGCCCCUCCUUAUGCCGGGAGGAUGUUGGAGAGCAGUGGCUGCAAAGCGCUGAAGGAGGGUGUGUUGGAGAAGCGCAGCGACGGGUUGCUGCAGCUCUGGAAGAAAAAGUGCUGCAUCCUUACUGAGGAGGGGCUGCUGCUUAUCCCGCCCAAGCAGCUGCAACAGCAGCAGCAGCAACAGCCUGGGCAGGGGCCGGCCGAACCGUCCCAACCGGGAGGGCCAGCCGUGGCCAGCCUCGAGCCGCCGGUCAAGCUCAAGGAAUUGCACUUUUCCAACAUGAAGACUGUGGACUGCGUGGAGCGCAAGGGCAAGUAUAUGUACUUCACUGUGGUGAUGGCCGAGGGCAAGGAGAUCGACUUUCGGUGCCCGCAGGACCAGGGCUGGAACGCCGAGAUCACGCUGCAGAUGGUGCAGUACAAGAAUCGUCAGGCUAUCCUGGCGGUCAAGUCCACGCGGCAGAAGCAGCAGCACCUGGUCCAGCAGCAGCCCCCGCAGCCGCAGCUUCAACCCCAAGCCCAGCCUCAACCCCAGUCUCAGCCUCAGCUUCAGCCCCAGUCACAGUCUCAGCCGCAGCCCCAGCCCAAGCCCCAGCCUCAGCCCCAGCCCCAGCCCCAGCCUCAGCCUCAGCCUCAGCAGCUCUACCCGUAUCCACAUCCGCACCAGCACCCGCACCCGCACCAACUACCGCACUCGCACCAACAGCCGCUCUCGCAGCCGCACGGCCACCGGCUUCUCCGCAGCACCUCCAACUCUGCCUGAAGGGGGCAGCACCCGGGCCAGACAAGGUUUUGAGGACUAGAAGAAGUGGGACGAGCACCUUUCUAUUGUCUUCACUUGAAUCGAAAACAAAAGUCUCCCCGCCCCGCACCGGAUCAAGUAGUAUGGACAUCACCCUACUGAUAACUUGAGAUUCCUCUUAGUUUUCUGCAUACUCUUCAUCACAGUGCAGGAAACGGUUUCAGUCCAGAAGGCUUUAUUUAUGAACCUUUGAAAGGAUCUUCCAGUAUGGUGGACCUUCUAGGAGCAAUGAUGUACUGUAAUUUUAUUUUAAUGUAUUUUGAUUUAUGAUUAUUUAUUAGUUUUUUUUAAUGCUUAUUUUAAGACAUUUCCGAAUGUAGGCCAUUUUCCAAAAAACUUUAUUUUCAAAAACCUAUUCCCUAGUAAAUUCUAAUCUUGGAAAAGAAGAAAAAAAAAAGUAGAAGGGCGGUGGAGGGGAAAGCAUUAAGAAUUCAUUAUUCCUAGGGCAUUUUCAGAAGGUCUGACACUUUCAUUGUUAUGCCAGGUGGUUGAAAUUAAACUCUGUGAUAUUACUUA